AUGUCCACGUCGACAGCGAAGCAUGUGUCCCUUUUAAGGAAACAUANACCCUCCGUCGCCUUCGCCACCUCCUCCACCGCCCACAAGCUACCGUCCGACCUCCCCACCAUCCUCCUCGACUCCCCCCGAUUCCGAUCCUUCUUGCAAAUCUCCGAAUCCGAUCCCACGGUGGAGGACGUUGAGAUCCGCCAAUCGGACUCCGCGGCGAUCCUCUACUCCUCGGGGACGACGGGGCGGGUGAAGGGCGUUUUGCUCACCCACCGCAACCUGAUAUCGGUGACGGCGCUGCUGAUCGGCCCACCGUUAUCGCCGCCGCCGCCUCCGGCAACAUCAGCGGGGGCGACAACGACUACGCUGCUGACGGUGCCGCUCUUCCACGUCUACGGGUUCAUGCUCUGCCUGAAGUCCGUGGCGGCGGGGGAGACGGCGGCGAUACAGACGGAGAGGUUCGAUGCUAAGCGGACGCUGGCGAUAGUCGAGAGGUUCCGGAUCACGCAUCUCGCAUUGGCGCCGCCGGCUGUGCUGGCGCUGGUGAGGAUCCGAGAGGCCGAGGAUGCGGCAGAGGAUGUGAGCUCGCUGCAGGCGGCUUUCUGUGGCGGCGCGCCGAUUGGCACGGAUCUGAUCCGGCGGUUCUCGUCCGUGUUUCCUAAUGUCAGACUGAUCCCGGGAUAUGGCUUGACCGAAUCGUCGGGUAGCGCUUUCAAUUCGUAUGAUCCGGGCUCGAGUAAAUAUAUGCGAUCUGUCGGGCGUCUCGUCUGGAGCUUUGAAGCAAAGAUUGUAGAUCCUGUCACUGGCCUUGCUCUGCCUCCAGGAUACAUUGGUGAUGAGGAAUCAACUUCUGCAAUUUUGAAUUCUGAAGGAUGGUUGAGAACCGGAGACCUCUGUUACAUCAACGACGAGGGAUUCUUGUUUAUCAUCGAUCGGUUGAAAGAGUUAAUAAAGUACAAGGGAUACCAGGUCCCCCCAGCUGAACUAGAGCAGUUACUUCAGACACAUCCAGAUAUAAUUGACGCUGCCGUGAUUCCAUAUCCAGAUGAGGAAGCAGGUCAAGUACCUGUUGCAUUUGUUGUUAGAAAGCCUCACAGCGUUUUAGGCGCGAGGGAGAUCAUGCAAUUCAUAGCUAAACAAGUUGCGCCGUACAAAAGGAUUCGCCGUGUUCUUUUUGUGGAUUCGAUACCGAGGAAUGCUUCAGUCGAACCAUUCACAUUUGCUAAUAGCUUAAGAGAAUCGCAACUGUUUCUGAGUAACUCUCCAUUCUUUAUGAGCAAAACACAGAGGAAGCACAUCUCUGCGUGA